CCAAUAGCCGGCCAUGGCUACAAGUAUUGGUUUUGGUGAUCAAAAUUAAGUAGUGAAUUAUAGUUGGCAAUUGUAAAACGGAGCAAACAAUAAGCUGAUGGGCAAAGGUACAGGCGGACGAGGCGGUGGAGGUGGAAUUUAUCGUAGCCUGAGCCGAUUCCGCCUUUUCCGAGCAGGGAUUUUCGGAGGAUAUGGUUCAGUACACAAUGAUAUGCUUAAGAGAAUUGCCAUAUCACGGGGACUUCGUGAUGUAGAUGAGCUGUUGGUAGUCCUAGGAAAGCAGGAAACCGGAGUUUCAACUGAUGAGGCUUUUGAUCUAUUGGAGAAAGAGGCUGGUAUAGAUGCAGUUGUCGAUGCUAUAUACGACGGCAUGUAUGCUGGAGGUAGGCGUGGUCACCACUGCCAGAAACUCCUAAGGGUAUACAAGGAAGUUGUAGUGGAGGGUAAAGAGCUAGGAGAGAAUGACUACUGGGACAUAUCUUAUAUGAAACACUUGAAAAAAUACUGUGGCUUCAAUGCUGGAGAGUAACCAAAAUAUCUUUAUUUUUAUAUUAUGUUAGAGAUCUUAGAUAAAGUUUAAGUAUUUAGUUCUGUCAAAGUAGAUGGUAUCGUGUCCGUUUGAACUCUGUUUAGAGGACAGAGAUAGUUGAAGAAAGUUUACAUUUAGUGUAAACUUCUUAAAUAAAUAAGUUUGUUUUGAAUUAACAUUAAACAAUGGAGUACAAGUACAAGUGUCUUUCAGGAGAAUCAGAACUCACGUUGUUUGAUUAUUUAGUUUUCAUUGUUUUUAGAUAAUGUAAUUUUUUAUAUAUUGCAAUUGACCCGACUCAAUAAAAUUCGAGAUUUGAUUUGA